AUGCCUACUACUACCACUAAAUGUAGCAACAAGCAUGCUGUGGACACUGAGAAGCUCGUGUUCAGACAUGAGUUCCCGGUCAAGCGUUUCUGUAGGCCAGACAAGCUCAGAGAUGCACUCUGCGAUAUCUUUGGCUCAGAUGAUUGGCUUGUCGAGGCCAGUGGAAAUAAUGUUACCAUCAAGGUUGGAAGACGGGUUGAUCUCGAGGAGGAAUUGAAGGCACGUCGUGUCAUCUUCAACUCUAUGGGGAUAGCUUGGGCUGUAAGCUUCUUCCAGUUGUUUGAGUACAUCCGCUUCUGA